AUGGAAUCAUUCUUUUUUAGAAUGUCCGAAGGACAGGCACUUGUUCCAAUAAAUUUGAAAUCAGGUGAUUCUACUCAUUCAAAUCAAACCUAA